GUAUUGCGUGGGUCGGUGUCGCGCUCUGCCUGCAGGUGCAGCGGCUGGCAGACCGAUUGGAGGUUCGCCUGCUGUCUCCAUCAGCUGUCGUGACCACCUUCACUUCUGCCAUGGGCUUGGCCGUUUGCUUACGCUAUGAUUGGAUGCUCGCUGCAGCCUUGGCUUUCGCGCUUUUCGGAAUGUCCCAGACCGCCUUGGCUAGAGGUGACGAAGAUGCUGCAAGGCUUUGUCGUCGCAGCGCAGCGUUGUCGGCAUUCGGCGCUGCUUUAGCCUUGCGCUGUGCGUUUAAUCGGCAGCAGCGAUUUCAUCGUGGCGAGUCCGUGGAAGCACGAGGGGUUGGCCACAUGGGGGCUGCUCAAAUUCCACAUUUCAGGCGGACUCUGGCAGACAUAGAUGGAAGCGGAUGGACAGCAGUGUGGAAGAGCACUUCGCAAAUGCAGCUUCAUGGGACAGCUGGCAACCAACUGCUUGUCAUCGAGCAAGUCGAAGACCAGAUUGGCAGGACCAAGUUGUUGGAGCAGUUUUUUUUGACGGAUGUUGUUCACAUCGAUACGUUUCAAUCGGUCUUGGCCUUCGGGCUGGCUGCAGCUGGAAGGCUCCGGACGAGGGGUCCUGGGCAGUCCAUGUCUUUCCGCCAGCAGUUGCACAACCAUGAGGACGUGCAGUACUUCGCGGAUUUCAAGAUUGGUGGGCAAGACAUUGCUGCCAUUUUCGAUACCGGCUCAUUCGAGAUCGUGGUCCGAUCGUCCAGAUGCAAGAUGUGUGUCCACCCGACCACACCGUAUUCUCACGAGCUCAGCAAGACGUACAAGGAGAACGGGACCAUGACUCAGCAUGUUUACGGUUCCGGACCGUGUGUGACGAUGCUCGGGUACGACACAGUGCAGGUGGGUCCGAAACUCAUCGCACAACAGCAGCCUAUUUGGGAGAUCUUGCAGCACGAGAUCCCGAUAUUGGACACGGCAAAGUUUGCUGCGAUUGUUGGGAUUGGCCCCAAAUUCGGGUACAACACUGCGCAGAAGACACUCUUGAUGAACUAUCAUGUUGACGAGUUCUCAAUUUGCCUGAACAAGGAGUCUGGCAGAAAUGGGUACCUGACCUGGGGUCCUGAUGCCGAUGCCGCGAUGGAGCCUCUUGAUGUCGCAACUGCACGUGUGCUGGGCAAACACCACUGGGCCACAAACCUGACGCAUGUCUCCUUCACCAAGGACGGAAAUUCCACCAAGAGCCAGGUGUGUCAAGAUGGUUGUGCGGCCAUUGUCGACAGCGGCACCUCACUCAUUGCGGCUCCGGCAGCUGCACUCAUGGAGCUGGGCCGGCAGAUUGGUAAGAUCGAAGAGGACUGCUCCAACCUACAUGAGCUGCCCAAUCUCAAAUUGAACUUGGACGGCCAUGAGCUGGAGCUUCCUCCGCAAGCCUAUGUGAUGAGGGUCGUGGGUGCCAGUGUCGAAGCCGACAGCAUUUGGGAUCUCCUGUUCUUCAAGCCGAAGAUUCGCAAGAUUGACUCGUGCAUGCCAGCUUUCAUGGAGAUGGACAUGAAGACUCAGCUUGGUCCAGUGUGGAUUUUGGGCAUGCCCUUCUUCCGGUACUACCACACCACCUUUAACCGCGACAGGCAGGUCAUGCGCUUCGCGAAGGCCGGGGAAGACUGCCAGCCCAAAUCGCUCCGUGCCAGAGACGAUGGUGACAAGCUCUUCUUCGCAGCUGCAGGGGCAAGUGAUGCAGCAUUUCGACCUCUCGAUGUGAAUCUGAAGUCGGUUCUGCCCCCGAGAUUUGCGCUUAGAUACGGUGCUGAUCAGAACACCGACCUGGAGCUGUAG